ACCUAAAUAUAGACCGAUACUAUCGAUCAUGUAUGCACUCUUUAUAGCGAUUUUGUAAACAUAGCUUGAUCGGGUACGAAUAACCAAUAGUUAAGUAUUUGCGAAAUGGUUGAACAUAUUUCGAAAUAUAGGGCAUAAGCGUUGAACAUUUGUGAAGAGAAACCUAGGUGUUACAAAACAGAAAGGCAUGGAUAAGAAGCUCCCGCCACCACCAGACAUAAUGUCAGCAGACGACGCUGCCUUCCACGUGCCGCCUCCAUCCUAUGAAGAGGUGAUGGGUGUAUACCAGACCUCAAUGAAGCAGGCGGUUCAGUACCUCCCCCGGCUGGCCUACAUCGACCUAAUGCCGAGAUGCCUAAAGCCGGGACACAUCGCCGAAAAAAUCCAACCAAAGUUCGAUAACUUCAGUGCCAUCAUAACGGGCGCAAAUCGGUGGCUGGCGGACCACCCGGAAGUGGCAGUGUGGAAGUGCGAGUCCAUAGAGUGCCCGCUGUCCGCCGAUGCCGGUGGUGGACUUCACUAUGACCUCAAUGGAAUGAUCCGCCAUGACUCGACGUUCGGAUUCUGUUGCUACAUUAAAGGCGUCAGACUGUGGUUGACCAGUGCCCAGCCGGGUUCUACCCCACAGCAACUGGGCCUCAGGAACAUCCAGCCGGCGAAGGCGGUCAUCGAGCUGCCUACUCGCUACAGGCAAGGCAAGAUCACGAUUGAGGGCGUUGUGUCACCCAUGAUGACCAACGCAUUCGAGACGCUCGAGGGACUGGAGGCGACGGUGAACAAGCUGAAUGAUACCCUGAAGAAAGAUCCUAUUUCAGGCACCAUUCUUACAAUAGAGACGGACACGGUCAAGGCCUUUGAAGGCUUCAAGAACGACCUUGACCCUGAGAGUACGUGCUGGUGCGAGAACAAGGACAAACACCGAAGGCUUACACAGGUCAUCCGGAUAUUCUACGUGAGAGGUCCAUCUUCGAAUGAACAGAUUGGUAUGCCGUCCUGGAUCAGAGACUUCUGCCCGGAAGUGACGCAACAACCUGAUGCUUCGAAGCCUGGAAAGUUUGAGCCGUUUGACAAUCCGGUCGACAGGAUGGCUCAGUGGAUCAGCACGCAGCAAGGACCCAGGGUGGUGAACAUACAGCAGUUCGAUGCAACAGUCAGCAGGAGAUUUAAUGAGCUCAAUAUUUCUGCCGAUUCAACUGACGAAUUGGUGUCAACGUUUUCUGAUAGACGCUUAGCAAAGAAUUUACGGGUAUUUUAUGUGACGUCAUCUGUGAAUAUGGCGUCAUCCAGACUUAACGUCUCGUCACGUGUAUUCCUUCCCGCGCGUUUGGGACCGAAGCAAUUUGAAACAAUGACGCAAACAAUGGAGCGAGUAGACUACUGGCUAAAGGUUACAGGCGCACCCGUCUUCUCCGUAGAGACGCUGAAACUUCUCUUCAGUGAAAGCAACGCUAAUGGAGCGGAAGUAGCGUCCGGGGACUACACGGUGCGCGCCAUGCAAGGAAAACAGUGGCUCUCUGCCAUCAGGGUUUAUUUUGCAACCACAUACACGGAGCCGGAUCCAGCCAGUUUACCACCGCUCCCAGGCUACAAUGGAAGCACAAGUUCCGGUUCCUGCGUUAUCGUGUAGUCUGCUGACAGUUAUCUCAACUUGCAAUGACUGACAAUACUCAAAAAAUAAUUGCACGACUUACUUUUCCUUUAUGUUAACAGAAAAACGACUGCCACCACAAGUAACCGUUGAAAUUAUAUCCUAAUAAUUGAUACUCCUUAACCCAUUCAUGCCUAGUGGACUCUCCCAUCCUUCUAAAUUGGAUCAAUUUAUUUCCAAAAUUAGCGGUGUCAAGUAUAUUUAUUUCUAUAUUUAGAAAAUUUCAUAAAGAAAUUCAUUUAAGCAAAUAGCGCAGACCCUGAUGAGACGCCGCAUUAUGCGGCGUCUCAUCUGGGUCUACGCUGUUUGCAAUGUCCUUUUUUCAGGACGCUAGGCAUAAAUGGGUUAAUAUAUGCGCGUUUCCUCGUAACUUUACUUCAGGUCAACAAUUUGAAACCUACAUUCAAUAAUAAAUUAAAAAUCGAUGAAGGACACUUAAUCUGUCAUUAUACCAUGGAUUUUAAAGUACUUAAUAUCUUAAACAAAAUAGUAAUAAUCAACUUAGCCAUGCUAUUUUAAAAUGCAUUAAACUAUGAGAACAUUUCAGCUCGGGUGCGCCUGUGCGAAAGGGAAUGCAGUAUACAGUAAUUAUAUUCCUCCGAGAGAAAGUACACAAUCAUGUAAUCAUUACAGCAAUUUAAAUUUAUUAUUUACUCGAAAUGUUCUGUAUUUACCUUUAACGCAUGUUGUUUUCGUAUAUAAAUAGUAAUGACGAUGAGUUUUCCACGAUUAAAUCAAAUUAAAUAUUUUGUUAUGUUUUUUUUAUGAUGACAGCAAUUUAUUAGAGCAGAACACAUAGCAUGUUUCAUCUAUGGGCAUAUAUUCUUAUAUAUUCCAAUUGUUGUAUAAAAGUAUUUAUCCCCACCAUUUAAACGGUGGCGAUUGUGUGUACUAGAUGUGUUUUCGGAAUCGGUCAGAUCUUUGAUCCUGGGUCCACUUGUUUUUCUUUCGGAACCAUUCAAAAUGUUGUGCGGUCGCAUAUAUUCGUAUUAAUUUUCCCACAUGCGGUUAACUCUUAAAAAUGUUAUCAAAUGUGAUAUUAAGAUGAUAACGCUUAACGUACAAAUUAGCAAAUCUGUUAAAAUAAAACACGGAUGAGCUUGGCAAGUAUAACUAUUGAAACAAAUGAGUCGCGUUCUAAAAAAACUUGGCAUAAUGCAUGUGCGUAAAGUGUCAUCCCAGAUUAGCCUGUGCAGUCCGCACAGGCUAAUCAUGGACGACACUUUCCGCCCAAACUUGAUUUUCGGCAAGGAGGGACUUACUUGAAACUAAAAAUACCAUAAAAGCGGAAAGUGUCGUCCCUGAUUAGCCUGUGCGGACUGCACAGGCUAAUCUGGGACGACACUUUCCGCACAUGCAUUAAGCCCAAUUUUCUCAGAACAAGACACAAAUAAUAAUAAAAAAUGUUGCAAACGCAUACAAUUGAAUUUAUGUCACAAUUAAAUUAAUAUAGGUAUGUUUAAAGCCAACACGUGGUUGUCUCCUCGUUUUGUAAAAUAAUCGCCGGUCUUAAUUUAUCUUUUAUUUUGAAAUCUUGUGUUUUCUAAUGUUGUUAGAGGUAUGAACUGUAUGUUAUUUCUAUUUUUCAAUUAUAUUGUAAUGUAUAGCAUUAUUGGUUGUCCACAGGGCAAUUAUGUACACCAAGCGAUUAAUACAUGGCAUUAUACAGUGACAUACUAUAGUUAAUGGUUUUCAAUCAAAUAUCACAACGAAAACACAUUUCCCAUAAAAUUUGAUAAUUAAAAUACGCUUUAAACAACUACGAUAUUGAAUGUUGUAUUAAAAAAGUACCAAAAAGUAAUGAAUACACGAAAUAUUUUCAUUUUAUCUAUGCAUCAACUUACGGUAUAUAUGACUGAUUAAGUCUUUUUACUGAAAGGUGAUAUGUGGUUCCUGUUUUUCAAUAUAUUGCACUACAUUUAUGCAUGUUCUUACACUACUGCGUUGUUUGCUAUUGACUUAUACCUCAACGUUGUUAUAAUUUAAUGUUUUAUCCAUGUUCUUUGUCAAUCUUUGCAAACUUGUGUUGUUUAGUAUUUUGUUGUUUAUUUAUUUCUAUAUUGAAACUUAUGUAAUAUAUAUUUUCGAGUCUGUAACAUUUUUAUCCAUUUAGCAAUGUUUUUAUUCGCAUUUGU